AUGUUAGCGAAAGGAUAUUGGCUCGAAGGCCGGUGGGAUGAAGCUGAGCAGCUCGACGUGGAAGUGAUGGAGACGAGCAAGACGAAGCUCGGAGAGGACCAUCUCGACACGCUGAGGAGUAUGGCCAACCUGGCAUCCACGUACUGGAACCAGGGCCGGUGGAAAGAGGCUGAGCAGCUCGAGGUGCAGGUGAUGGAGACGAGCAAGACGAAGCUCGGCGAGGACCAUCCUGACACGCUGAGGAGUAUGGCCAACCUGGCAUCCACGUACCGGAACCAGGGCCGGUGGGAAGAGGCCGAGCAGCUCGAGGUGCAGGUGAUGGGGAAUCGCAAGACGAAGCUCGGCGAGGACCAUCCUGACACGCUAGCGAGUAUGGCCAACCUGGCAUCCACGUACUGGAACCAGGGCUGGUGGGAAGAGGCCGAGCAGCUCGAGGUGAAAGUGUUGGAGACGAGCAAGAUGAAGCUCGGCGAGGACCAUCCCUCGACGCUGACGAGUAUGGCCAACCUGGCUUCAACGUACCGGAACCAGGGUCGGUGGGAAAAGGCCGAGCAGCUCGAGGUGAAAGUGUUGGAGACGAGCAAGAUGAAGCUCGGCGAGGACCAUCCCUCGACGCUGACGAGUAUGGCCAACCUGGCUUCAACGUACCGGAACCAGGGUCGGUGGGAAAAGGCCGAGCAGCUCGAGGUGAAAGUGUUGGAGACGAGCAAGAUGAAGCUCGGCGAGGACCAUCCCUCGACGCUGACGAGUAUGGCCAACCUGGCUUCAACGUACCGGAACCAGGGUCGGUGGGAAGAGGCCGAGCAGCUCGACGUGAAAGUGUUGGAGACGAGCAAGAUGAAGCUCGGCGAGGACCAUCCCUCGACGCUGACGAGUAUGGCCAACCUGGCUUCAACGUACCGGAACCAGGGUCGGUGGGAAAAGGCCGAGCAGCUCGAGGUGAAAGUGUUGGAGACGAGCAAGAUGAAGCUCGGCGAGGACCAUCCCUCGACGCUGACGAGUAUGGCCAACCUGGCUUCAACGUACCGGAACCAGGGUCGGUGGGAAGAGGCCGAGCAGCUCGACGUGAAAGUGUUGGAGACGAGCAAGACGAAACUUGGCGAGGACCAUCCCUCGACGCUGAGGAGUAUGGCCAACCUGGCUUCAACGUACCGGAACCAGGGCCGGUGGGAAGAGGCCGAGCAGCUAGAGGUGCUGGUCAUGGAGACCUGCAAGACGAAGCUCGACGUUGGACCAUCUCGAUACGCUGACGAGCAUGGCUAA